AUGACCGAAGUUGCCAAAGCAAAGCAACGCUUUUCCUCUCCUGCAGAUUUUGCUACAUGGUGUGAACAAGCUUUAGUCCUUGAGAAGGAAGCUGAAGAUGAGGAGACAACUGAACUUCUAAAGUCAUGUUCCCAGGCAGAGCUGCAAUCCCGAGGAAUUGCCAUUUUGAAACUUCGGGUUGCGGAGCAAUCUACGGCCUUGUACGGCAGGGCAUGCGUCUCUUUGGAAAGAGCCAAUGGGGAUUUGCCUGCUCACAAGAUCAGUCAUGGUGACAUUGUGGGUCUAUUCGAUCAAACAGCCCGGCCACUGGUGAAAACCAUCCCUUUGGGGACUGCAGUGGUCACCCGAAUCAGAACAGCUGCCAUCCAAUUGGCAUUUGAUGGAGAUGUGCCCAUUGAAAUUUUGGAUGGGCGACUGCUGAACUUGGCCCUGGUUUCAUCAGAUGUCACCUUGAAACGCUACCGAGAGGCCUUGGACCUGUUGAAGGGUGGGGCACAAUCAAGUCCGGCCUGCCAGUUGGUCGAUGUCUGCUUCGGCGAUGCAAAGCCACGGUUUUACGAACAGAAGAGCGAGGGCUGUGCUCGUCCAGAUGCUGUGGACUGCACUUUCUUGGCUGAUUCCAGCAGCCGGUUGAAUGAACCACAGCAAGCUGCAGUGGUGAAGGCCAUGUGUGCAGCAGAUGUUUCGAUCAUCCAUGGACCACCAGGGACUGGCAAGACCACCACCUUGGUGUCAUACAUUUUGGAAGCGGUGUAUCGCAAGCAGCGGCUCUUGGUCACGGCAUCUUCCAAUGUGGCAGUGGACAAUCUCUUGGAGAGGCUGGCUGAUGCGGGAUGUCAAUCCCUAGUACGCCUAGGGCAUCCUGCUAGGGUGCAGGAGAAUAUCCACAGGUUCACCAUGGACAAUGUGGUCUAUGGAUCUGACCAGGCUGAACUUUGCAGGGACAUCAAGAAGGAGAUUGAUGACAUUUUGAAGAAAAGCAGCUCGAAAUCGAAGAAAAACGACAAAUCUGGUGAGGACAAACCUCGCUGGGGCGCUCUCAAGGAGUUGAGGACGGAGUUGAGACAGCGCGAGAGACGGGCAGUGGCUGAGGUUCUGAAGCACACACAGGUGGUCUUCGCCACCUGCACUGGAGCUGCUGUGCUUCACCGUGAGAUGCGCCGCAGCGGGGCCGCGGAUCCCAAGAGCCUGCAGUUCGAUGUGGUGGUCAUCGAUGAAGCCGCUCAGGCAUUGGAGGUGGGCUGUUGGAUUCCCUUGUUGCUGGGGAAGAAAGCGGUCCUGGCGGGUGAUCAUCAGCAACUUUCUGCCUGUGUAAAGUCCAGCUCUGCACAGCAACAAGGCUUGGAUCAGACCCUUUUUGGGCGCCUCAUCGACCGCUUCGGGGAUGACGUGGCGGCCUUGCUGUCCAUCCAAUAUCGCUCCAAUGAGAUCAUCAUGGGAUGGUCCUCCAGGUCCUUCUACGACUCCAAGCUGUUGGCAGCCAGCUCCGUGGCGCAUCAAACCCUGAAGUUGCAGGAAGCACCAGCAGCCAACAUCACCAGUGAAGUGGUGGAGGUUUUGAUGGCGCCCAUGCUGUUUGUAGAUACUGGGAGUUUGGCCAUGUACCGUGAAGAUGGUGGAGAACCUGGGGCGGGAGGCUUGCCAACAGAUAUCCAUCAAUCAAGAUGCAACCAGGGAGAAUCCCGAUUCCUGCUCCACUAUGCCAAGACCUUGGUGAAGGCUGGUUUGAGUCCAUCCGCCAUCACAGUGAUCACACCAUACAAUCGGCAAGUGGAGCAGCUUCGCAGUGACUUUGGGGAAGAUGCAGAAGCGGAGAAAAUGGGAUUGGCUCCCCGGAUAAGCACUGUGGAUUCGUUUCAGGGACAAGAAGCCGACGCAGUGUUGAUUUCCCUGGUGCGCUCCAAUGAGCACGGGGUCGUUGGCUUUCUCUCGGAUUUCCGACGUCUCAAUGUGGCAGUGACGCGCGCAAGGAAGCAUGUGAUGAUUGUGGGAGAUGCCAGCACGAUCUCGAAGGAUGAUGUUCUGAGCUCCUUGUAUGAAUAUGCAUGUGACCAUGGACGAGUUGCAUUUGUGCAACAACUUCUAGAUGAAGAUGGAGGGAUCCCUGCAGAUCCGGCCACGGCACAAGCAAUUCAAGAGGAGCGCCAGAGAGCUCUUGCCAAAACAGUUGGUGCCAUGAAAGAGAAGCGAGACGACAAGGCCGAGAGGGAGGAGCAGCUGCGUCGACGUUUCGAGCACCAACUUCGACCUUUGACGGCUUCGAACUCCGGCAGUGCUGGCAGUGGAAAGUCUCACAUUGAACUGCCGAAGACUUUGAAUCCCUACGAAAGAGCUAUUGCACACGAGGUAGCUAAAACUCUGGGUUUGAAGCACGAAUCUAGAGGUGAGGGGAGUGAUCGGCGCCUGGUGGUCUGGAGGGAUGGUGAAAUACCACCUGAAACACCCAGCAGGGAGCAGCGACCUUCAGCCCAAGCUGCAGUCGAGCGCAAAGACGAGGAGGAGACCGUCAUGGAUGCGUUUGAAAGAAGAGCAAAGACUCUGAUGUCAUCCUUAGGUCCAGGCAAGGCAGCUGAAUGGAAGAAUCCGACCGAGGAGGAAAUUGCGGUGUUGCAACGGUUAGCCAGUGAUCUUCAGCUGCAGAUCGUGCAGGAGGAGAGCGGCAAGAAGCGGCGAUUUCAAGUGCAGGCUCCUGGUGAAGCCGAGACUUCCAAGGUGGAAGCUGAGAAGGUCAAGGUGUCCAAGUUGAAAGAACAUGACACUGCGGCAAAGCCCGCAGCUUCUGCAGCUUCUGCCGCUGCAUCAUCAAUGUUGGCAGGAUUGCAUGCUGAGAGGUUACAACGGCAACAGGCUCAAGCUGCCGAGCGAACAAAAGAGUUGCAAAAAGCGCAGAACGAAAUCAAACAAGCGAAGAAGGCUGCAAAAAAGGAGAAAGCGAAAGCUCCCACGGCUGACGACGAUGACCUCGAUGCCCUGCUGAUGGAAUUCUCAACUCAGGAGCGAACUUGCAAUUUCGCUGGCUGCAAGGAGAAAAUCAAUACCCUCAUGGAUGCGAUCUCAAAGUGCCGGUACUGCAACAGCCGCUUUUGUUUGAAGCACGCGCAGGCAGAAGUGCACGGUUGUGGAGAACAGGCACACCGUGCCGAGCAAAAGAAGUGGAAGGAGACGCAGACUGCAGCCACUUCUCGAGGUAGCGGCCUCGUGAACAAGUCUGCGGGCAAAGAUGGUCGAGGUGCCUUGGUGAACAAACUACAAGAGAAGGUGAAGGAGCAGGAAGCUGGUCGAACUGCCAAGAAGAAAGACAAGAAGUGAGAAAAUGCGGGCACCUUGAGCAGGACAGCUGAAGCCAAAGACUGCCUUCAGAAA